AUCGCAGUAAGCGCACAUAGGUAUCUAUAUCGCAUCGGGGGCCUCAGGCUAGGCUACAUCUACAUCACUCUCUCUUGGAAUCGAAACGCGGUGUGACGUUCCACUCGUUUUGGGAAAAGCAGUGCGCUGUCAAAAAUAUUCGGGUGCUUUGAUUGUUCGUAGUUUCGGUCCGUUCUAAAGAAGAAGCUUCAUUGCUCCGGAUUUUUCGGCGACAAUUUACGAUGGCCCUUGUGUGCGAUCUCAAAAUGCUGCUAGCCUACCGCGGAACUUUCGGACAGCUUCGAAAUAUACACGUGGCUGCAACAAACAAUGCCGCGGCCAAAAAAGUCAAGAAAUUCCAGAUUUAUCGUUGGAAUCCGGACAAGCCCGAACAGAAGCCUUACAAUCAAACCUACGAUGUGGAUUUGAGCGCAUGCGGUCCGAUGGUGCUGGAUGCUUUGAUUAAAAUUAAGAACGAAGUCGACCCCACGUUGACGUUCCGUAGGUCGUGCCGUGAGGGAAUUUGCGGAUCGUGUGCGAUGAACAUUGGUGGCACGAACACGUUGGCCUGCAUCAGCAAGAUCGAUGCGGACAACUUGGACAAACCGACCAAGGUGUACCCGUUGCCGCAUAUGUACGUGGUGAAGGAUUUGGUCCCGGACAUGAACAACUUCUACAACCAGUAUCGCUCAAUCCAGCCGUGGCUGCAGCGCAAGAAUGAAGCCGGCGAAAAGAAGGGAGACGCCCAAUACCUCCAGUCGGUGGACGAUCGCGCCAAGCUGGACGGCUUGUACGAGUGUAUUCUGUGUGCUUGCUGUUCGACCUCGUGCCCUUCAUACUGGUGGAAUGGCGACAAGUACCUCGGACCGGCAGUACUCAUGCAAGCCUACCGUUGGAUUAUCGAUUCGCGUGACGAGUCCACGGCCGCUCGGUUGGACAAGUUGAAGGAUCCGUUCAGUGUGUACCGGUGCCACACCAUCAUGAACUGUACUCGCACCUGCCCGAAGGGUCUGAAUCCGGGCAAGGCCAUUGCCGAGAUCAAGAAAUUGCUGUCCGGUAUUGCGAAGAAAGAUGCCCCUGGAUUGGAAACGGCUGCGCUGCACGGUAAGUAAACGGGAUAUAAAGGAAGCUGGUGCGACGGUGUUUCAAAGUAAACAUCACAAGUUUAAGUGUCAUGUGCAGAAGAAUUUACGGAAAUGCAGAAAAAGUGAGUUACAAAUUAAACUACGACGAUUCAGUGCUAAUUUGGAUUAGUUAUUUAUGGAUCACUUGAUAAUUUCAGUUGAAACUAUGUACUGUAAUAAAAUAUUGCUAAUGCAGAUUUGAUCUGCUAAAAAUUCA